CAUCAAUGGCCUUUCCAUAGUUGGAAUUGAACUUCAACUGUAAUGAAAACAUGUCCUAAGCCUAACUACAUAAUUACAUAUAGUGCAAUUUAGCUGCACAUUCGACUACAUGGCAUCCAUCAGAACGAGGUCAGCCGCAGUGAGGCAAUCCAACGUGCCCUUUCUGGCAUACCCGUCAGCCAAACAAGACGAUCUCAGCCGCCGGCAAUGUCUUAUCUUCUUCAUUCCCGGCAACCCCGGGCUCGUCGCUUACUAUGUCCCGUUUCUGAGCACGCUGCGCCAGCUGCUAGACGAGAAGGAAGCGCGACAGGAUUGCCGGCAUGCGUUCCACAUCUACGCCCGCAAUCUUCUCGGCUUCGACGACAGCGACCAUGAUCCCGCGUUCGGCACCCUGGCGGCCGAUGGCGUCAGGAUAGAGCCCUACACGCUCGAGGACCAGAUCUGCUGCCUCUGUGAGCGGGUCCACGACAUCAACACCUCAGCCCUGCCUCCAUUUCCGGUUGAUGGCGCUGCAGAAGGCCGCGCGAGGGUCUUUGACCAAGUAAUACUUAUCGGCCAUUCCGUAGGCGCCUACAUUGCGCUCGAGAUAUUCAACCGCCACCAUCAGUCGGCGCCUUUUAGUCCCCUGUCGAGCGUCAAGCUCACCGCCGGCAUAUUGCUCUUCCCCACCGUCUCGCACAUUGCACGGUCGAGGAGCGGGCAGAAGCUCGACCUGCUGCGCCGGACACCGUUUCUCGACCGGACCGCGCAUCACAUGGCCAAGGGCUUUGUGGACUUGUGGCCGCGCUGGCUGCUGGAGGCCCUUGUCCGGCGAGUGCUCGGCCAACCAGAGCACGCGGCACGCGCCACCAUCAGUUUCCUCACUAGCAAAGACGGCAUCUGGCAGGCUCUGCAUAUGGGCAAGGACGAAAUGAGAACCAUUAGUGAGGAAAAGUGGAGCGAGGAUCUCUGGGAGAUCCAGGACGCCCAAGCCGACGACGAGACGAGGUUGGCCGCGGCAAAGUUCUUCUUUUACUUUGCUGAGACGGACCACUGGGUUGCCGAUGAAUGCAGAGACGAGUUUAUUGAGAAACGGAGGAGACAUGAAAAGGGCAAGACGAAGAUUGUCAUUGACGAGGAUGCUAUUCCUCAUGCGUUCUGCAUAAGUGAGUCUCGCACUGUGACCUCUUCUACUACUCCGUACUGAGCCCCCAAGCUAACCCGGCGAUCCUCAAGACCACAGUGAGAUGGUGGCCGAGAAGGUCAAGCGGUGGGUCGAAGAUGUUGUGGGUUGAGUAAAUGCCGCGGAUUACUAGAGCUCACUCCCGCGUUUAACUCUCCUCGCAACGUGCUGACCAACCGACGUUCGCUCCGUCCUGUCAGCCGGGAGGAGGGAUCUGUCUUGAGAGAGAUAGCAACCAUGUUUCCGCGUGGUGAACUCGUCAAUCAUUUUGAAGUACGAAUACACGUCAGACCAGGCUGGAAUGAAUAGCGAUGGUCC